AUGCAGGGCCACCUCGCAACGCCCACUCCCGCGGACGCUGUAAUCCAACCCGCUGGUAUCACUGCACUUGAAGACCACGAAUUCGACGAACGCAGUAUCAUUAGCCAAGUGGGAAGUGCAGAACAUGCAGAGCCCUCCGCCGCUGCGAAGAAGCGGCCGGCAGAUGCGCCCCCAAGGCGGGCGCGCAAGCGCCGGAGGGCUGCUUUGUCGCCCGCGUCGGCUUUGUGUCGCAAGAUCGACGAAGCCCUCCGCAAGUUCGCACCGAACAUCGGGCGUCCCUAUUGCGUCGUGACCUGCGCCUCCGACGUAAUGACCAUCCUCGAGUACGCGCACGUUGUUAGUGGCGAAACGUCGAGCAAAGUUCUCGAGAAGCUCGAGUGGGCGUGGAAUAUGGGGUACGGCACCCUCGACCUCCACACGCCAAAGAAUAUCCAUCCUCUCAGUGUGGACGUACAUUGCUACUACAACCGCACCACCGACAGCAAGCACGACGGGUGGUUCUGGCUGCCCGCCGAUCAGAACACCGUCCUGAAAAUGUACCAGUGCUACGUCGGGCGCAGCUACUCGCGCCCAGUGCCAGCAGAGUACCCCAACGUCCGCCGCAAUCCUCGCGAGUUCCAGUUCUACGACAAGAAGAAAUCGUUCGAGUACCGCGUCGUCCCGUUCCGCGCCAUGGAAGCCUCUUGGACCAUCCGACGACCUGCUAUCCCCACCGCGGCUUUCGACUCGACGAACCGCGUCAUCCAGUACUACUACCCCUUCAAGAACCUGCCGAGCGUGUCCCUGCACGUCCCGCCCCACUUCGUUAUCUGCGACACUGCGCGCAAGCUGCGCGGUGUGUAUGGCGGGGAUUAUAGGAACAUUAGGGAGAGCGUGGAUUUGAAGUCAGAGUUCCCCGGCCUCGAGCCCGCUGAGGAGAUCACGUUGCUCGCCGUGGCGGGCAUCUACGAUGCGUGGAUGAACGCCGUGCCCAGUGAUGAAUGGAGGAGUGGUGCCUUGCCUGACUCGGACGCUGCUCGAGGCCAUUCUAGUAACAGCGGCGGUGUUAGUCCCAGCGACCUCGGCGGGGAUGGAGGUGCUGGCGAUAUAGAUCCUGGCGUGUCCGGCCAGCCGCAGCAAGGCGUGGAUGGUGGGCGCGAGUCGUCGCUCGCUCCCGGGGAUUCGGCUUCGUGCCGCGACGUUGCUGAUGAGAGCUGUGAGGAGGGGGCGGCAGACGAAGAGGAAGAGUGGGAGGACCCCGAGUACGGUGCGUGGUUGCAGCAGUGGGUGGAGGACGUCUGGGAGGCGACGCACGGGGCUAUGACGUCCUCGCCUGGCUCGCAGGGCUCUCUCGUGGGUGCACCGACGGAUGGGAAGGCCGCGGGUUCGAUAGACAGUGGCAAGCCUAUGGCAGGAUCUGUGUGA